CAUCUCAGUUUUCUCUUCGAUGUUUAAGCGUUUUUAAUCUCAAUCCAUCAACCUUGAAUCUACGUACAAUGAAUGCUAUUAGAGGUGCUCGUUUUGAAAUUGAAAUUUCUGAAGAGUUCGUUAGACGCAGAAUAGAACUACGUCGGACCAGGCAUGAACCUGGAGAUGGCGGCAUCGACCUGUUUGGAGGAUACACAAUAAUACUUCAAUGCAAAGUAGGGAAAUCGAAGGCGUUAUGUCCCGGUACAACGUGGAAACGUCAGUUGCGCUCAUCAUUGCACCGCGAAUGUCGUGCUUUACCCGAAGGGCAAUUAAUAGAGCAAGCUCCUCCACUUUCAACAUCAUUCUAA